CACUUGUUCGCCCAUGGAGGUACCAGAGCCAGAUGGCAACCACGGAAAGGCGAUUUUACCAAGAGUGGAAAGUGCCCUGAUGACGAGGAUUUACGGCUAAACAUGCCAGCGGCUUGCUAGAGUUUGAACCAAGUUGACAGGCAGUGCAGGUGGCCUGGAGGUGGGAAUGGGGUCAUCCGUCCAUGGCUUUUGGAGCCCGGCUGGAGCAGCAGCUCAUGGAUCUCAAUCUUAAAAAUACCUGCCUGGACGGAAGGGCUAAAUACAAAGAACAGCAAAGGUGCAAGAAACUUUGCCAUCUAGUUCUCCCUCUUCAGGCAGUACCCGCAGAAGCCAACCACAAGUAGAUGUAGAAGCUGCAGCUGGUGAAGAAGAGUCGAUAGAAGGACAAACCUACAUAACCCGAGGCAGAAGAAGCAGCUCUUGGGGAGAGCUUGAACUAGGAAUGAAAAGAGAAACAACGGCAACAGCAACUAGAAACUUCAGCUGGGCGUUGUGAGUUGCUUGACGAAAGUUUGGGUUUCGACAGAUGCAGCUUUGGCAGCUGCUAGUGGUGGUGUGUGCUUGGUGGUGGUGGUCCGUGCUCAUCUUCACAACUUGGACUGGCGGGCAGGUUCAGGGGGCAAACACUACCCUGAGAAUUGGUGCAUUGUUUGCCUACAACACCUCCAUCGGCAACGAGGCACGCACUGCUAUCACCCUCGCCGUGCAGGAUGUCAAUGCCAAUGACACGAUUCUCAAAGACAUCAAGCUGGAGAUACGCACCUCCGAUUCGAAUUGCACCUCCUUUCAAGGGGCCGCUGCUGCUGUGGAUAUGCUAAAGACCAAUGUUGUCGCUAUCGUCGGUCCCCAGACAUCGGAGGUAGCUCAGUUUACGGCGGACCUUGCCAGUGCAACGCAAGUUCCUCUUGUAUCUUUUUCGGCAACAGAUCCGAGCCUGACAGAAGGCUCGAAUCACUAUUUUGUGCGCACGGUGCACAACGAUGCUGUCCAAAUGGCUGCAAUUGCAGCAGUAAUCGAAUUGUAUGGUUGGCGGGAGGUCACGGCCAUAUCAACAAAUGACUACGUCGGGGUUAACAGCAUCGAUGCGCUGAGUGAUUCCUUGCAGCUGGUUGGUGCCACGCUUGGAUUCAAGACUUUAAUCAGUCCUGAUGUCGAGAAGAAAGACAUGAUUCCUGUCAUGACGGAAUUGUCACUAUUGGAGUCCCGAGUAUUUGUCGUCCACGUGCAACCCAGAAUUGCUCGCAUGUUUUUUUCCACUGCUCGCUCCAUGGCAAUGAUGACCACAGGCUGCGUCUGGAUACUAAGCGAAGCUACCACAGGUCUACUGGACGAUUUGCCCUCGACCGACUCAAUCUGGGCCUCAUUGCAAGGUGUCGUCGGUGUUCGAGCUUACGUACCUUCCACUCCUGAGCUAGAUUCCUUCCAUGCUAGAUUCAAACAGUACAUGCAAUCCUCUGCGACGUCCUCUUUAUUGAGCAACAGAGCUGUCAUGAAUCUGUAUGGUUUGUAUGCAUAUGAUGCCGUGUGGAUGGUCGCACAUGCCAUUGAGAACUUUGUGAAUCACGGUGGCAACUUCAGCUUCAUCCCGCGGCCUCCCAUAGCUGACGAUGCUGGAGGCACAACGGAACUUGCGAGUUUGAAAAUACUGGAGGACGGUGAUGCAUUCAUGGAGCAACUGAAGAGUACUCAGUUUGAAGGUCUGAGCGGUCCGAUUGGCUUAAAUAAGUUUGGAGAUCUGGAGCAUACUGAUUAUGAGAUUGUCAACAUCUUUGGGACAGCGCAGCGUGUGGUUGGCUACUGGAAUAAUGAAACAGGCUUCUCUCAGAACCCAUUCGUUUUCAAUUCGUCAGCUCCACCAAGCCCAAGUCGCCCUCCCUCCAGCAGAGCUGCAGAACCUCCUCCCCCAAAGUUACAAGAUGUGAUUUGGCCUGGCGGAACUGCCCAGGUGCCGAAAGGCUGGGUAGUACCAAAGAAUGGCAAGCCGUUAUUAAUAGGCGUGCCUUACAAAGUCGGCUACAGAGAAUUUGUGGAUAUAAACCCCAAUCGCACCAUGUUCCAUGGGUUCUGCAUCGAAGUCUUUCAGGCCGCUCUCACCUUUCUUCCGUACUCUGUCUCCUAUAAAUUUGAAGUUUACGGAAAUGGCACUAACACUCCUAAUUACGAUGAUCUGGUGGAGGAAAUCGUCAACAAGAGAUAUGAUGCAGUUGUCGGAGACGUAACGAUAACCACCAAGCGCUCGAAAACCGUAGAUUUCACACAGCCUUACUCUGCAUCUGGGUUGGUCGUCGUUGUGCCAACCAAGAGUGGUGGAAGCAAUCAUGCUUGGGCAUUCAUGCGUCCCUUUACUCCACUCAUGUGGUGUACAACUGGUCUCUUUUUCCUAUUUACUGGGCUUGCUCUGUGGAUUUUGGAACACAAGAAGAACCGUGAUUUUCGAGGGCGACCGAAAAAGCAGCUUGUCACAACUCUCUGGUUUAUAUUUUCAACUCUGUUUUUUUCUCAACGGGAAAAAAUCAAGAGCACUCUGGGUAGAGCUGUUUUAAUAAUCUGGUUAUUUGUUGUUCUCAUCGUCACCUCUAGUUACACUGCUAGUCUUACGUCGAUCCUUACCGUUCAACAGCUGUUUCCAACCAUACAGGGAAUAGCAGGCCUAGUGACAAGCAACGUAGCAAUUGGCUACCAAGCAGGAUCUUUUGUUGCGGAGUAUCUGCAACAGCUGAAUGUGCCCAAGGAAAGGCUGGUUCCCUUAGGGACAAUGUCAGAAUAUGCUGAUGCAUUGCAAAAGGGACUCGUAGGUGCUAUUGUGGAUGAGUUGCCAUAUGUACAAGUCUUUUUGUCUUCGGAAUGUGCAUUUAUGAUCGCCGGGCAGGAGUUUACAAAAAGCGGAUGGGGAUUCGAGUUUGACAAAAGCGGAUGGGGAUUCGCAUUUCCCAAGGGCUCACAGCUAGCUGUUGACAUGUCGACAGCAAUCUUGGCCUUGGCUGAAAACGGUGACCUUCAAAAGAUCCACGACUACUGGCUGAACGCUCACGACUGUACUUCGCCAGGUUUAGUAGUAGACCCCAACGACAACGAGCUUGGAUUGAACACUUUCUGGGGCCUGUUCCUGAUAACGGGCACAGCAUCGAUAUUCUGCGUUGUGUUGUACUACUCGCGGUUAAUAUGGCAACAUCACAAAACCUACAGAGAUGAAGAAUUUUCCGAGUCAGAAACCCUCUCGUCCCGAGCAUCUCGAGGCAGAAGCUUUUUGCGGUCACUAGUCUCGUUUAUCGAAGAAGCCGAAGUCGCUGCAACUGUGGCAAGAGCCGACGCUUCAGCAAACAACUCGCAGCGGAAACACAGGGAUCGAAGGAGGAGUAGAUCAAGUUUUGGGGAUGAGCGUGUAGGCUCUGGACGUUCUGAUAUUCCAGACCACCAUGAACAUCCUGAUCAUGCAUCUGAUCGGCAUAACCAUGUAAUGGACAGAAAUAGUGUCAUUUGAAUAUAGAUAGUGUACCCUGUACAGUUACUGAAUGCAAUUCUGUAUCUCAGCCACCACCAUCAUUCUCCUCUUCGAUUAUUGAUUAUAGCUCUUGUAUAAGAAUUUUUUCAGCUUAUGUUUGCUGAAUGUAAUGUUUGCCUCUGUAUUAUGUCUCAUUGAUUGUUCGCUUUCAACGGCAAGAGAAAU